CUUACAUCCAAGUUUCCUCACAUCGAAUUGUACUUACGCCACAUUUGUAGUGCUUUAUUACAUCGCUAUGCUUGCGUUGCUUACAGCAAAAUGCACAUACUCACGUUAAAUUUCGCGCUCCAGCGCCCUCAACCUGCACAGGCUCCCCGCCCCUCCCUGCGCAUUUCCCCGAUUCUUCUGCUUCAUUCCUGUCAACUCCAUUUCCCGUUCACUCCAGCGCCUCGGGACUCUGCGCAAUCUCAGCCUCGUGUGCUCAGCAUCGCUAUUUCCAGCUCCUGCUGUUGCCUUUGCACCCGGAGAACAGCGGGGUACAUUUCGACAUGUGGCUGUGCAUAUGACGCUCGAGCAACUUGGGUAGGGCUGAGGACAUCGGGAAGAAGAAUUCGAAGGUACAGGGGACGGAUAUCGUUUCCUUUCACGAAGGAUUCGCCAACGCGCGAGUUUCUGUAUCUCGACCACGUGCUAAAAUCGGUCCCGGGCGGAGCCUUGAACGGGUGGAAUAUAAGUCAUUGCUGUAUAGCAAUAAGCAUCUCCCUCACUGUACAACAAAUGCUAACUAUGACUCUUAUACAGCACACUCGAAUGCAGCACCUCCCCAUCUAUACUCCUAGUAAACUCCAAUUUCAUGGCAAUCUGGUGUUGGUUUUGCGAGAUCGGAUUGCGCAGCAUGUUCCUCCCGUCCCCCCAACGUGCACAGUUGUAUGUAUACCCUCCGCGCAGCUGGAUUGGCCAUGAUCCAAAUUGCAAUUGCGGGUUAACAAGCCAUGCUGCUGUCGAAGAGCGUCCGGUGUUCUCGGAGCAGGAAGGAGAUUCGAUUCCUUUCGGACCCGCUA